AUGGACCGUGGAGAUGGUUUGCUUGACUAGAUACAAUAUGGCGAACGUACAGAGAUCAGAUUAAAAACCGUUUUUAAAUGCAGCUGUAAAUAAUUCGAAGCAGUGGCAUAAAUUUUGAAAUAGGACAUUUUGGGAACUAGAAAUAAGGAAUGUCAACUUUGGUAGAGAAUCCGUUGGACAGUAAUUUGUCUGGGCCUAAACCGGCAAUUGACGGGUCGCUGAAUGGGGGAGAAGUCAUACAAUUAAAAGAAGCUAAAUUCAACCAAGAUGGAGUCCUUCAAUAUAAAGAUACAGUUUUAGACAAAGAAAACCUGCACUUAGUGGGAUCACUCAAAAACAAGGAGAAAGACAUAGUUAAACAUGACAUAGCAAAACGACCGAAAGACAGUACCACUAAUAAUGAUAUUGAUGGAAAAACGGAAGUGACAGCAUCUUCUCGGCCUGUCACUGGUGUCUCCGUGAAGCAUAUCGGGGACGAAAAAGCAGACAAUGUACGAAAUGCACAGAGCCCCUCUAAAAAGAAUGGGAGACGUUCACACUCAGACUACGGCAGAUCAACGAAUAUUACAAAACAAAAUGUUUUGGCCACAGGGAAGGGCAGAUUUGAUCCAAUCCCUAUCCCUAACAGUGCAGACUACAGAAGCAUGCCAAGCCCUCCUCCAAAACACAUCCGAGUUCCAACCAAACUCAUCCGGAUAACAACGGUCACUGUAUCUGCUAAAACAAAACCAGCGCCACGACCACCAAUGAGCAGCCUGUAUUAUGAAGAACCUAAGAAACCAAAGAAAGUGAUUGGAUGGGACGAGGCCAGCAAUGCCCGACCCCCGCUGAGAAUCGACAUGGAGGGACCCGGGCCCUGUACUUACUCCCCACAGAAUAAACCACUGUAUGAAACUAACGCUCCAUCCUGGUCAUUUGGAUCCAAAACACAACCAGAUAAAGGUGGGGGAGGCAGAACUUCGUGGGAAAAAUCCUGGUUCCAGAGUCCCCACCUCUACCAACAAAAAACAGAUUUCUUCGCCGAUAAUGCGUGGCCAACACCCAGUACCUACACACAGCGUCCCCUCCUUGGUCCUCGACAGAGAACCACCAUUGAAGCCCCCUCUUUCAGUAUUGGAGUAAGGAGGAAAUUUGAUCUUGCUAAACCUGAGGCAUCAAAGCAGCCAUCACCUGGGGACUAUGAGAGAAACCAAGCGGAUAAGGUGAUAUAUAGAUCCAGUCCCUCAUUCUCACACCAGUUCAGACGGGAGGGUACAAUCCUCUGGUCUCAUAAUGAGAAGAACCCUGGUCCAGCAGCGUACAGUCCUAGGUUAGAACAAAGCAAGUUCAUGAGCCCGGCUUUUACUAUUCGGAGUUUGAGGCGAGAAAAGUCACAUGUCCUGGGACCUUUUUCUACCUUUUAAUUUAUUGUAAUAAUUUGUUGAACAAUUUUGUACGUGCUCUGUGAUCAUGUGCUGGAAUUAUUUUCUACAAUUUAACUUAUUGUAAUAAUUUAUUGAACAGUUUUUGUACGUGCACUGUGAUAUCAGAUCCUUUUUGCUAUUUUUACUUUUUAUAAUUUUAUAUAUUAAAAAAGGAUCCCAAGGUUUUGUUGUUUAUGUAUUAUAUUUCUAUGUCCUGUUGAAUUUUGCUCAAAAAGAGACAAUGCAGAAUUUAUUUUUUCUGUAAAAAUAAAUAAAUGAAUCAUUUUA